AUGGAUAUGCUGGGCAAAAAGGAAAAGAGAGGGAGGGAUGUGAAAGGCGUUUUGAAGAGGAACUGGGUUCUCAUAGCAACCAUCACCUCUGUGAUCCUGGGAAUCGGCCUGGGAGUGCUAGUAAGAGAAUAUGCUUCACUCUCCCAUCUUAAUAAGCAAUACUUUGGCUUUCCUGGAGAACUUCUCAUGAGAAUGCUUAAGCUGGUUAUCCUGCCGCUAAUCAUCUCCAGCAUGAUAACAGGAGUGGCUGCUCUGGAUUCUGAAGUGUCUGGUCGCAUUGGACUUCGUGCUGUCAUCUAUUACUUUUCCACCACCAUCAUAGCUGUAAUACUUGGUAUAAUCCUGGUAACAACUAUUAAACCUGGAGUUUCUCAGACUGCGGAAAACAUUGACCGUUCAGGAUCCACUCCAAAUGUCACCACUGUUGACACCCUGUUGGAUCUAGUCAGAAAUAUGUUUCCAGAGAAUCUUGUGCAAGCAUGUUUCCAGCAGUACAAGACUCAGCGCAAGGAGAUAGAACUGCCUGUGUCUAACACCAGCACAGAUACUACUACAAAUACUACUACAUUCCCACCUCUUACCACCAUAAUGACAUCUAUUGUACAGAAUCUGACCACAGACUACACUAUAGUGGGAACAUACUCAAAUGGGAUCAAUGUUCUCGGCCUUAUUGUGUUUUGCGUUGCGUUUGGCCUGGUGAUUGGAAAAAUGGGGGAACGGGGACGUAUCCUGCUGGAGUUCUUUGAUGCUCUGAACGAGGCCACUAUGAGACUGGUCCAAAUCAUCAUGUGUUACAUGCCAGUGGGCAUUCUAUUCCUAAUUGCUGCUAAGAUCAUUGAGGUAGAGGACUGGGAUAUCUUUAGGAAAAUGGGCCUGUACAUGGUGACAGUGCUUAGUGGACUUGCCAUCCAUGCCCUUUUUUUCCUACCCCUCAUCUACGUUGCAUUUGUAAGGAAGAAUCCUUUCACAUUUGCUCUAGGAAUGACACAGGCUUUGGUGACAGCUCUUAUGAUCUCUUCAAGUUCUGCAACCUUACCAGUCACCUUCCGCUGUGCAGAGGAAAAUAAUAGAAUCGACAAGCGGAUCACCAGGUUUGUCCUUCCAGUCGGUGCCACCAUUAACAUGGAUGGUACAGCACUUUAUGAGGCAGUGGCAGCCAUAUUUAUUGCCCAGCUGAAUGGUCUUGACCUUGAUGUGGGACAAAUAGUAACUAUUAGCAUCACAGCUACUGUAGCCAGCAUCGGAGCAGCUGGUGUCCCGAAUGCUGGAUUGGUAACCAUGGUGAUAGUGCUGACUGCUGUGGGCCUGCCUGCCAGUGAUGUCACCCUGAUUGUGGCUGUGGAUUGGCUGAUUGAUCGUUUCCGCACUAUGGUCAAUGUGCUGGGAGAUGCCUUCGGUGCCGGAAUAGUCCAGAAGCUCUCAAAGCGAGAACUGGAAAAGGUGCACAAUAUUUCUGAUGUGGAUGUGGCAAAUCCGUUCGCCCUGGAGACCACUCUGGAUGAUGAGGAGUGCGAGAAGAAAUCCUACGUCAAUGGUGGAUUUACUGUGGACAAAAGUGAUGCGAUUUCUUUUACAGAGACCUCACAGUUUUAA